AUGUCUACAAACAAAGACCUAGCUGGCAAAGUUGCACUAAGCUCCAGCCGCGGCAUCGGCGCCGCGAUAGCCCUGAAAUUCGCCCAACGUGGAGCCGACAUAGCCAUCAACUACGUCUCCAAUGCUCCGGCAGCCAAUUCCGUCGUCGAGCAGAUCCGAGCCCUUGGCGUGCGCGCCCUCGGCUUCAAAGCCGAUGUCUCACAGGGAGAAGAAGUGAAGACCAUGUUCGAGACUGUGCACCGCGAAUUCGGCCGUCUCGACAUCGCAGUCAGUAACUCGGGCAUCGAGCAUUUCGGGAAUCUCUCCGAGGUCAAGGGGAGCGACAUCGAUGCUAUCUUUGCGGUUAAUGUCAAGGGGCAAUAUUUCGUCGCUCAGCAGGCUUAUCGUUUUCUGGAGGAUUAUGGGCGUGUUGUUUUGACUUCGUCGAUUUCGGCUGUCAAGGGCGUCCCUCGUCAUGCUGUCUAUGCCGCCUCCAAAGCGGCUGUACAGGGCAUGACGAAGUGUCUUGCUAUGGAUUUUGGUCCGCGAAACAUCACUGUCAACUGCAUUGCUGCUGGCGGGGUCAAGACAGAUAUGUAUGCUGAGAUGUCGGCGAGGUACAUCCCCGGUGGUGACCAGAUGAGUCCUCAGCAGAUCGACGAGGCUUUGAGCAAGUGGUCUCCAUUGGGUCGGCCUGGAGAAGUUGAGGAUGUUGCUGGGGUUGCGUCUUUGAUUGCUAGUCCCGAAUCGCAGUGGUUGACUGGGCAGACUUGGCAGGUCUCUGGUGGCGCUUAUAUGGUGUAG